AUGCCACUAGCUUUGUUCAGAACAAGAGUAGAUUGGCAAUAUUACACGGAGAAAUCCAACACUGGAUUGGGCUACAAAAAUAGUCACUAUUGGCCAAGAGGUAAGCUUUUGGGUGGUUCAGGAUCCAUCAAUGCCAAUCUCUACAUUCGCGGCAACAAAAGGGACUACGACACGUGGGAGGAAUUGGGCAAUGUUGGGUGGAAUUGGCAAGAUGUCAUUAGAUAUUUUAAGCGAUCUGAAGACAACAAAAUCGAGCAUCUCUUCGAGUUGACCGGCAGUCAAUAUCACGCCAAAGGCGGUCCCAUGAAGAUAGAUUAUUUCUAUUCCGUGGAAAUGAUGAAAAUCGCCGUGGAAGAGGGCGCUUUCGAGUUGGGAGAAGUCGAGCACAUGGACAUCAAUGCUGAUCAACACAUUGGCUGGGCAAAUGUCUUCGGCAAUCUGGACAAUGGCCGAAGAUGCAGUCCAGCGAAGGGUUUCCUCAUCCAAGCGGCAAAUCGAACAAAUCUGCACAUCGUGAAAAAUGCUCACGUGACGAAAGUCAAUGUGAAUGAGAAGAAUGAAGUGGAAGGAGUGGAAUUGAGUCUGAAGGAUAAGAAAUUCAAUGUCAAAUCCACAAAGGAAACAAUUGUAUCAGCAGGAACUGUUAACACUCCGCAAUUGUUGAUGCUUUCCGGAAUCGGUCCAAAGGCGCAUCUUGACGAAAUGAAAAUCCCAGUGAAAAAGGAUUUGGCUGUUGGUAAGAAUCUUCAAGAUCACUUCGCCAUUCCCAUUUACAUUGGCUUCCACAAGAACAGAAAUGCCACAACGACGAUUCAGGACAUGUCUGACAUGGUUUAUUCCUAUGUGAUGCACAACAAAGGCUCACUUUCCGGCGUUGGAAUGCUCAAUCUCGUUGGAUUCUACAACACUCUCAACAAUUCUUUACCAUAUCCUGAUAUUCAAUUCCACACACUCUACUUCCGUCGCAUUGCACCACAAAUGAAAGGAUAUCUGAAGGCAAUGCAGUUUGCGCCUGAGGUUGAGAAAUAUAUGGAGAAAGCUCAUGAGAAAUACGACAUUCUCUGCCUCAUGGUGACACUGCUGAAGCAAGAUGUUCCGGGAAAGAUUGAACUCAGAAGCACCGAUCCAUUCGAUCACCCCAAAAUCUUCCCCAACUACAUGGCCGGCAAGAGUGAGUUGGAAACGGCAAUUCGCGGAAUAAGACGCAUUCAAGAGUACAUGAAAACAGAAUCUUACAAAAUGCACGAUCCUGAUUUGUUCAAGAUCGAUCUGAAGAAUUGUGAGCUCCUGGAUUUCGACAGUGACGAAUAUUGGGAGUGUUACAUUAGACACAUGGGAACUACCAUUUACCACCCCGUCGGCACGUCCAAGAUGGGUCCCGACACCGACAAGGACGCUGUUGUCAGUGACGAAUUGAAGGUGAAGGGUGUGAAAGGACUCCGUGUCGUUGAUGCCAGCAUAAUGCCGGUGAUCAUCAGUGCAAAUACUAACGCUGCAGCCGUGAUGAUUGGCGAAAAGGGAGCAGACAUGAUUAAGAACGAAUGGAAGAAGUUUGAUAAGAAAGAUGAAGAUGAGGUGAGUAAGGACAGCAAAGAUGACAAAGUCGGCGAAGAACUGUAA